CUUUCGAAUAAUCUUCUUAAUACGUUUUGAUAUUUGAAUAAAUAACAUGCGCUAAUAUUACUUGCAUAAGGUUCGUAUUUCUUUUUAAUAACUUGUAAACCCUUUGUUCCUCAUUAUAUUUCUAAAUUUUACCAAAGCACUUGAAAGGUCAUGGCUAAAUGAACUGUACAAGUUUAGCUGCUGUUGAUGUAUAUCUUCAACACAUGCUUGCAUUUCGUCAUGUCUAAACUCAACUUUAAGACCUAUAGAUUCUUCAGCCUAAACUUAUCCUAAACUUGUCAACGAUGUUGUUUUCUGCAGUGUAUUUAAUAACCAGGUGUAUAAAUAUUGGUAUUUAUCAAUAAAGACAUGUAACGUGGCCAAUUUUAAGUUGCAAUAAACUUAUAAUUUUCUUGUUGUGUGUUAAAGAGACGUGUUAGCGUAAGAGUAAUCCUCCGGACCAGCGAUCAUGAAGCAUUCCAAGCGAAAGAUCCGCAGGGGCCUCAAAAUGGACUUGUUCAGCAACAAACAGUCCUGCUGCAAGGCGAUCCUUCGAUUGCUCCUCAGCCAUGUUGGCCUCUUCCUCAUCGUUUGCUUGUACGCAGUUCUUGGAGCGUAUCUUUUCAUCUACACCGAAGCGCAGCAGCAACAACUGGCGACGCUGAACAAGCAAGGGGCAUAUCGUGUGAUGAAUUCGUCUAAGAAGUACAUCGUUCUUGACAUGUUCUACCAAAGUCGCCAGAACCUCACUGCGGACAAAUUCAAACAACUCGCAUGGAACAACAUCUACAACUUCCACAACUACAUCGUAAAAGCUGCGACCGAACUACGAUACGACGGUACCAAUAACCCUGUCAACGACUGGUCGUUCUACAACUCCCUGAUAUUCACCAUCACAACAAUGGCCACAAUCGGUUACGGUUAUGUCUACCCCAAGUCUUUCAACGGCCAGGUUUACUGCAUCAUUUACGCCUGCCUCGGAGUCCCUAUUAUGCUCGUGUUCCUCGCCAACAUCGGCGACUUCCUGGCCAACGCUUUCCGCUACGUCUACAGUCGCGGCUGCUGCGUCGUGUGUCGCAUAAUUCGCAAGAAAUCAGAGGUCAAGAAGUCGGGCCAAAAACCGAAGUCUGUCUUCAAGGAGGUCGUCGGCAACGAGCCUUACAUGCCUACGCAAGAGGUUCAAGUGCCAAUCACGGUGAACGUGUGCGUUCUGGCGCUGUACCUGGCUGUGGGUGGUGUGAUCUUCGUGCUGUGGGAAGGCUGGCAGUUCAGCGAGGCGAUCUACUUCUCCUUCAUCACACUCAGUACCAUCGGCUUCGGCGACUACGUUCCAGGAGUUUCUGCAGAUUAUGCCAGUACAAGUAUCGUUCUUACUAUCUUCAGACUUGCCACCACGCUCAUCUACAUCGUCGUCGGCAUGGCCCUGCUUUCCAUGUGCAUCAACCUCAUCCAGGAGCAGAUCGUUGCUAAGUUCAGGUGGCUCGCAAAGGAGAUCGGCAUGAAAGAAGAAACCGACGAGGACAUCAGGAUCAAACACAAAUACCGCAAGACUUUGCACGAAGUGGUCACUACGCCAGCCGGAAAGGACGGUAACGAAUGCCAACUCCACAACCUCGAGGACUCCAAGCCCAUCAAAAAUAUUCGCAAGACAAAUCCUAAGGGCAGCGGGGGAGGCCUCGUGUUCACUGACCUCACUCAGUAGCAUCGUGCGGAUCACUGCUGUUGGAUAUCUGAAGGAGUUCUUUUGAGUUGAGCUCAGAUGAACAGGCAGGAACAACUGGAAUGUCCAUUGGCAUUGCAGAGUUUACAUGAGUCGAUAAACAGCUUAUCAAACCAUUUCAUCAAAAAUGGCCAAUUAAAAAAACAUAUUUUGAAGUAUGAAUAUUAAUCAUCAAGCAUAAUAAAUCGUUCAAUGUUCGAUCAAGAGCGAUAUUACCGAGACCAUGCACAUAUACUUUUAAGCAGCUAUCACGUCCGGUUCACCCUGAGACAAAUGCAUUUUAGACUUAAAGCAUAUCAGUUAAUAGUUGGUGAACGACCUGUUGGUUAGUCUUUCGUUACUGAAUAAAUCAAAUGCUCAUUUGUUUCUAAGUUGAAAGCCUUUAACGUUCGCUGACACUCCAAUCCAAACAGGUCUAGGCCUCUCGCCCAUUUUCUCCUCAAAUUAUUAAUCAACAAAACUUUUAAAGGACAGUGAGAGCGAAAUGAAACAAUUUUCGUUCGUUCAUCCAUCCUUAAUACCAAAUUAUUAUACAAGGUCGUAAAUUAAUUUAAUUUUUUUUUAGCUUUUUCUUGAUUCACCUGAAGUGGAUAAUUUUGAUGUGCAAAUAUAGAAUUGUUUACCUGCACAGAAAAUGUUGUGAACAUAUUUCUUCACUAAUUCAGUAACGCGUGUGGAACAACUGCAUAGAGGGCGCUCAUGCAUGCAUACGAUAACGUAUUUCUGCUUGUUACAUUUUUUCUUUGAGUAUAUUGGAUUUUCUCUUUUUUCUAUGGAAACUUCAAGAUUCUACAACGCUUUUCGUACCUAAAGAGAUAAUUACAAGAGUUACCGUUGGUAAACGUACAUUUAACGUAAUUUAAACCAAUAUUCACAUGUCAGACGUAAACUUAUAUAUAAAAAAAUACUGGCCCGGAAAGCAUCUCAACUUUCAAGAUUUGGUCGACAACUUGUACUCAAAGCGCUCUUAAUAAAACUUUUAACUUCAGAUGGAACCCGUUAAAAAUUCAAAAUAUUGAUGAAAGUAAUUUUUAUACGGCAAUGACCAAAUUUACUGUUUUAAUGCGUGAAAUAAAAUAUGAAAAAUU